AUGUCCACUGGCCCCUCCGCUACGAGCUCAACCAACCCUGGUGCCUCUCUCAACCUUCCUCUCACGCCCACACCUCGCCGCACCGUCCGCACGCGCAUCUGCAUCAUCUCCGACACCCACAACGCCCUCCCCCCGCUUCCCCCCUCCGACAUCCUAAUCCACUGCGGCGACAUCUCCUACACCGGCCGUGUCUCAGAAUUCGCGCCCACGAUCGCUCACCUUGCCUCCCACCCAGCACCUCUAAAGCUCGUGAUAGCAGGGAACCACGACAUCACGCUCGACAAAGCGUACUACGCCAAAAGACGAGGGUACAUGCAUGGGGAUGUCAUCGAGGACGUUAAUACAGUGGAGGAGAUGUGGAAGGGCGAGGAGGCUAGGGCGAAGGGGAUCAGGUACCUAGAGGAGGGCGUGACGGAGUGGGAUGUGGGCAAUGGGGCGGGGUUGAGGGGGGAGGAUCGGUAUAAUGCCGAUAGCACGACGGGGAGUGGGGUGAGUGGGGCGGCUGAGAAUCCCGUGCCGGAUUUUGGUGACAGUCAUAAGGGUGGGGGAGGGGGAAGAGGAACGGGGGUAGAUAUUAUGAUCACGCAUGGUCCGCCGCGAGGGAUUUUGGAUGCGACGUUUGACAAGGUGCCGGUAGGUUGUAAAAAUUUGAGACGGGCCGUAGAGAGGGCGAAGCCGCUGGUGCAUUGUUUUGGACAUAUUCAUGAGGGAUGGGGUAUUGGCAGGAUGCGGCAUAGUAAUGGGAGUUUUGCGAGGGAGGUGGCGAGGAAAGAUACUUCCUGGUGGAACAAAGAUCGAGAAGAAAAGGGAUAUGUGUACGUGGAUUUGACGAAGGGGGCGGAGAAGGAAGUGAAGUGGGGAGAGCAGACGAUGUUUGUGAAUGCGGCGAUUAUGGAUGUUAGGUAUAGACCUGUGCAGAAGCCUUGGUUAUUAGACGUGGAUCUGCCGGUCAGAGACGAAGAAAAGACGGAUGAGGAUGAGUACGGUGUUAUAUCGUGA